GUCAGCGGGUCAAGGACGAGCUCAUUGAUGGCGACGUGUUGCUCUGCGAGCAUCUCAUUAUCUUACCCAAGGUCAGAAGACGUCUGGUUUGUAUUGGACGUCACAGUAGUGUCAUGAGUAUAAUAGGAUUAUAGGAUUAAGGAUUAAACAAGUCAACGGACCAAAUUUAAAAAUGUUUGAAUUGGUUUCUAUUGGAUAGAAAAUGUAUUGACAUGACCAAAUGUAGGUCAUAAGAAAGCGGAAAAGUAAUUUUUAAAAGUCCAUAAUCGGAUUAGGAUUAUCUUUGUCUUAAAUGAUUUAUGACUCCGUUUUCAAACAAAUCAUGCUAUAAAAAAUAAUCAUUACCAAUUAUAUUCCUUGAAUCACUUAUAUAUUGUAUUGAAUUCAUACUGUGCAAUGAUGGUUUCCUACCCAUAGCCUGACCCAGAAACUCCACGUCCAUUGAAUGUUGCACCAGUCGUCUUCUCGGCAGGAGGUAGGAAAUCUUCGAAUUAUUUUAACACGUAGUAGCGCCCCUUGUCCUGAUAACCUUUUUUUAUCGUUAUCAUCUUUUUUAUUUCAAUCAACAAAUUUCAAUACUUUCAAAAUAUUAACAGUUGAUCUUAAAUUUGACUGUUUUGGCACACAUAAUUUUAUUUUAAGCUCUAAGGCGACUCUAAGCCAUGUGAUGUCCUUUUGUUUUAUAGACGUCUAGCGAGUUCUUCCUUUUAACAGGCCCUAAGAUAUCAUUACAUAACUGUGACCGUCACCUUUAUUUAUAUUAAUACGACCAUUAUUAAAUUUCUUGUUUGUUUUCAAUUUUUAAAUCUCAUUUCAACCUUUUGGCCGCGCCUUCUUAAAUGUGUGCAACUGAACGGCUGUCUGAAAGGAUAUUUGAAUGAGAAUCAUCUCAUCGGCUUUCUGAACGGCUGUUAGAACGGAUAUUUGAAUGAGAAUCAUCCCAUAGGCUUUCUGAACAGCUGAUAGAAUGGAUAUUUGAAUAAGAAUCAUCUCAUCUUUAACUCAUCGUUUGCCAUUCAAACCUAAACUUGUUUUUGAAGAAUCUUUGUAGCACAGUUUUUAAUCAUCUGUUGGAAAUGUUAUGCAAAUUUUGUAACUUUUUUUUUUUUUUGUGGUAUUGGAAACAUCCCUUUGGGGACCUAAGGCUACUAUCCGUUCCGCUUGAUUGGCUUAACACGUUUCCUCUACGUCACAUGUUUUCAAUUUGUUUUUACAAAUCACACUUUGUUUAUAUGUUAACGUAUUGUCACGUCUUGUCAUGUAUUCACGUGCCACUCUUAUAAAAGUUAUAAAAGUCAUUCUCUCCUAGGUAUUGUCAAUGGAGAUUUGUUCAAGUUCUUGUCCACCCACCUGGAGUACAGUGACUGGAGGCAGCUCGCCCAGCUGCUGAACGUUAAACAUUGUCGAAUACAGGCGAUCCUGCGCCAGAACGUCAACAACGACAUCAGCCAAUCGAUUUACGACAUGCUGGUCACGUGGUCAAAACGAUUGCCGCGCUCUAUGGACAGGGUCAGAUGUACCUUCUUUCUUCUCCGGCUUGUUUCUCUUUGCCACUGAAUCUCUCCUUCUCACACUUCACCCCACCCCCUCCCCCCACCCCUUUCAUCUCAUUCCCCCACAAGUAUGCAACUUUAAACAUAAUAAUCACAGUAAUCCAUUUUUAAUGUAUCUUUUAAGCAAGUGACUUUGGCUUUGACUUGGAAUGCUUGUAAUUAAUUUUGUAGUGUUGCGUUUGUUUUAAAUGUGGUAAAUUAUUGGGUUUUUUUGUUGUUUUUUUUUUUUUACUUUGUACCACGCUUCGAGCCUUUGGGGAUGAAGCAUGUUUUUUAAAUAAACUUUAUUAUUAUUAAGUAUGCAUGUUUUGUUGUGCAUCAAUCCAUUACUUUCCAAUCUACCAUUUCAGAUCGAUAUGUUAAGCCACGCCCUGACUUGUAUCAGAC